UCUCCAUCUCGUACAUCUCUGAUUCUAGAGAACGCUUAUUCGGCGACGAGAAGAUCUAUCUACGAUUUGAGUAACAUACAAAAUGGCGUCUGGGAUCGUCGGAGGAGGCGGAUCCUUAUCGGAGCUAUACAGUAGCGCGAAAAGGAUCCUCCUCAGAGCUCGCGACGGGAUCGAAAGGCUGGAGAGAUUCGAAUCCGCUGCUCUUACCGAUUCUUCCGAUCUAACCUCCUCCGUGAAACGUGACAUCACCGAGGUCCAAUCUCUCUGCGCUAGCAUGGAUGGUCUCUGGCGUUCAAUCUCCGUUAAAUCCCAGCGCGAUCUCUGGAGAAGAAAGAGUGAACAAGUUGGGGAAGAAGCAGAGUAUUUGAACAAGAGUCUGGAGAAAUACAUGUGGAGGAGUCAGAGGAAGAUGAAUGAAGCUAAAGAGAGGGCAGAUUUGUUGAACAGAGGGAGCGGAGAAGGAGCACAUAUCUUGCAGAUAUUUGAUGAUGAGGCUCAAGCGAUGAGCUCUGUGACGAACUCAAAGAGAUUGCUUGAAGAAUCGUAUUCAAGUGGAGUUGCUAUCCUCGCCAAGUAUGCUGAACAAAGAGAUCGUUUGAAGAGGGCACAGCGUAAAGCUUUGGAUGUUUUGAAUACGGUAGGGCUCUCCAACUCUGUACUCAGGCUCAUUGAGAGGCGUAAUCGUGUUGACACUUGGAUCAAGUACGCUGGUAUGAUCGCAACAAUUGUCGUAUUGUAUCUGUUCAUAAAGUGGACACGCUGAAUCUGAGGGAAUUGGGAACGGAUGUAGUUACACAGAUUGUAUGUAGAGAGAGGAUUAUGUGACUUGGAUCUUAGUUCUUGUGUGCGGGGAUAUAUGAUGCAUUUUUUGGUUUAUGACUCUUACAAGACAUCUCCUGCAUCUUAUAUAGUUCCAUCAAGUUUGAGAUUGUCAAAAUAUGUCUCCAUUUACUUUGCUUAUUCAUUGAUGAUAAACCAUUUUCUUACCAAAUGAGAGAUUCUACAGCCACAGGCGUAAUGGACUAUAUAUAUAGUAUUGGUUAAAUUGCUAGAACAGAAAGAGGGCAAGCUGGCUGUGAGAAUGUACUGGUUUGAUACCAAUGAGAGAUUCUAACACCUGUUAUGACAGCAAGC